CUCUGCAACGAAAAACGCACUAGAAAAGACUUGAUCGUCGUUUGCUCUCGCUGCGUCAGCUGCCUCGUAGAAAACAAAACACAAAGCAACAUGUUCCGAGUGUUCGUCAUCGCCGCCUUGGCUGCUGUGGCCGUUGCCCAGAAUCCGGAUGCUGAAGCGCAGGUCCUGAACUCCGACAGCGUCGUCAACCCGGACGGUUCGUACGCGUGGAACUACGAGACGAGCAAUGGCAUCCGUGCUCAGGAGGAAGGAGUCGGUGGACAGUCAGCUCAGGGAUCGGCCUCGUGGACGGACCGUGACGGUACGCCCAUCCAGCUAACGUACGUCGCUGACGAGAACGGCUUCCAGCCCCAGGGUGCCCAUCUGCCACGUGAAGGCCCAGUCCCGGCUCAUGUCCUGAAGACGCUCGAGUUCAUCCGCUCCAACCCACCGAAGGAUGACCCGAACUUCAACAUCCAGGCGCUUGAGGCCGAAAUCGCCAGACUGCAGGCCCUGCAGUAAGCUGCAUCCCGAUGGCCGGAGCUGGAUGGCUACCGUUCUUCAUCAGUCAUUGAGAGUGUGCGCGAAGAGAGGGACGGAAGAAGGGCAGGAAAGAUGUAAGGAGCUAGUGUAGAGCUAGUGAGGAAACGAAGGAAAGAAGAUUUGAGGAAGCAUUUUCGCUGUGACCUGUGCACAUACUCAUGCAGCAAAAAUUUGACACGACCACACGACGGGAACAGAGAUGCGAAAAAAUAACACACAUUCCAGCACUCUGCCUGUGAGGUAGGGAAAACAGCACGAGCAAUCAAAAACACUGCGAAAAACAGCACGAACAAACAGGAAAAGGCAUACACGCGGGCAGGCAGGACCAGCAGGCGAAGGGAAUCCCUUGGCA